UCAUACAAGAAUGGUUUAUCUGGUCCGCCAGCCCUAUCAAAUGUGACUAUGGGCAUAUACGAAGGCCAAAUUACCGUCCUCCUUGGCCACAAUGGAGCCGGAAAAACGACUCUUAUGUCCAUACUCACGGGGCUGCUUCCACCGACUACGGGUACUGCCUACGUUGGUGGCUUCAACGUUUUAACUGAUGUGGAGUCUGUGAGGCAAACGAUUGGAUAUUGCCCUCAACAUGAUCUCCUCUUUGAUGACCUCACCGUCUCCGAGCAUUUCCGAUUGUUUGCCCGCCUAAAAGGUUGCCCAAAAAGUGAGCUGGAUGCCCAGGUGACGGCCACUUUGGCCAAAGUUCGCCUGAAGGGGAAACGCAAUCGACGAGCCUGGACCCUGUCAGGGGGCACAAAACGCCGUCUGUCUCUCGGCAUGGCGCUCAUUGCUAAUUCGAAGGUCCUCAUUUUGGAUGAACCAACUUCUGGUCUAGACCCGUCUGCUCGUCGACAAAUUUGGGACAUUCUUCAGCGUGAACGCCCGUUCAGAACAAUAUUGGUAACCACGCAUUAUAUGGAUGAGGCGGAAUACUUGGGAGAUCGGAUUGCCAUCCUGUCGGGCGGCAAGCUGCGAUGUCUCGGCUCACCUCUCUUCCUGAAAUCCCUUUACGGAACUGGCUACUGCUUAACCCUCAUGCUUCUACCAGCGUCUACUGUGGAGGAGGUUGUCGCCUUCAUCAAACAGCACAUCUUUCAAGCUGACAUACAAUCGCACGAUGGAAAUGAAUUGAAGAUCCUUCUCCCACUGGAAUCUGUACCCGGCUUUCCGAAUCUUCUGGGCCUGCUGGAAAAGAAGGCUCUUUCCCUUGGAAUCGCCAGUUUUGGCCUCUCCGUUACGACAAUGGAGGACGUCUUCUUGAGAGUGUCUGAUGUCGGACCAUCUACAGUGGCUCUCACUACGAAGGAGAACAAUCUUUCCCUUCCACCUAACCGACUGCGCCCUUCCUUUUUCUCGACUAGUGCUGGACCUCUUCUUGAUCUCGAGCCACUUGAGAUACGUAGCGCAACCGGCAUCGCCCUCUACUGCUCUCAACUCUUUGCCCUCCUGGGGAAGCGGUUUACAUACAGCAAGCGACACCCCCUUCUCACCUUCGCCCAACUCCUCAUCCCGUGCAUCUGCAGUCUGGUGGCCCAUCUCCUCUACCGCGAGUUUGCCAACAGCGCCUCCGAUAACCUACCCUCAUUGGCCCUCUCCCUGAAACCAUUCGGUACCGGUUUGGUCGUCGCCACGGCAACUGCACCUAGCCCUGACGCGGGAACUCUACUGACGGCUUAUGAAAGCCAAUUUGUGCCCAGGCAGGCCACCAUCCGUAGGCUUGAUAGUCCCUCCAUUUUUGAGGAGAGCGUUUUGAACGCGAGUAUGACCAGCCUGCACAACUAUAUCACCCAGUUCAUUGUGGGACUGGUUGUACAACAAAGCACAAACGCCAUUGUAGCCAUUAACUACUUCAUGGGUGAAUCUCUGCACGCCCUUCCGGUCGCUCUGAAUGCCCUCUCCAAUGCCCUACUCCGAAAGGCGGCCAAUGAGAGUUCGCAGAACCCGGCGCUGUUAAACCGCGCACCCCUGCUUUAUUUUCGCAUUUAUUUCAAUUUUUGGUCGGAAUUACUGACACGUGGUCCUCUGACAGGACACGAGAGUAAAAGUGCUAUCCACCCUCCCUCUCUUCCCAUAAUUGAGGUGACCUUCCGCUAA